CCUAGUAAGAAUUUCUUGUUCUAGGAAGUUUUACUGAAAUGUCACUUCCGCUCAUAGGCUUUUCCGUUUGGUUACGUGUUUGAUAUGGUGCCACAACUCUAGAAUCGAAUGAGCCGGUGUGUCUCGUGGCAAGCGACGGAUACAUAUGUACGAUGAGACUUCUGGAUAAAUUCUUCUACUUAUUUGCGAUUGUUGGUCUUGCCAAUGCUGGCGGACCAACUCUCGUUCUACUCGACAAUUUAGCCAUUAAGGAAACACAUUCGAUAUUUUUCAAGACGUUACAGGAUAGUGGAUACACGCUGACGUUCAAAUUAGCGGAUGACGCUAAUUUGCAGCUCUCCAAGUACAGAGAGUUCUUGUAUGAACACUUAAUUAUAUUUGCCCCAACUGUGGAGGAAUUUGGUGGUGCCUUAAGUGUGGAAGCCAUCACUGACUUCAUUGACGGAGGUGGAAAUGUUUUGGUUGCGGGUUCCUCCCAAUCAGGGGAUGCUCUACAUGAGCUAGCAUCAGAUUGUGGUUUUGAGAUAGAUGAGGAAGGCUCUGCAGUCAUAGAUCAUCUGAACUACGAUGUAUCAGACAAUGGCCACCACACGAAAAUAAUUGCAGAGCCAUCCAAUCUGAUAGAUGCUCCUGUAAUUGUUGGAAGCAAGAAGGUACAACCUUUGCUGUAUCAGGGCACAGGUCUCAUCGCAGACACAGACAACCCGUUGAUCCUGCGUUUGCUGACUGCAUCCAGUUCAGCCUAUUCCUACAACCCACAGAAUCCAAUAAAGGAUUACCCUCACGCAGUUGGCAAAAAUACAUUGUUGAUAGCAGCCCUACAAGCCAGAAAUAAUGCGCGCGUCGUAUUUUCCGGCUCGCUGUAUUUCUUCAGUGAUGAAGCUUUCACUAGUCCAAUUCAGAAAGUUCAAGACGGGCAGAAACACGAGAAGUCUAGCAACGAGGCCGUGGCGACCGCUAUCGCCAAAUGGGUGUUCAAGGAAAAUGGCGUCAUUCGCGUUUCUACAGUGCAUCAUCACAGAGCUGGCGAGGUACAACCGCCAGCGGCCUACACCAUUAUGGACGACGUUGUCUAUUCGAUCGAGGUCCAAAAAUUGUCCGCGGACAAAUGGGUGCCCUACGAAGCGAACGAUUUGCAGUUGGAGUUCGUUCGAAUCGAUCCCUUCGUCCGCAUGACGAUGAAACCCGUCGGCAAUGGCCGUUACGAGGCCAGAUUCAAGAUCCCCGACGUCUACGGGGUGUACCAAUUCAAAGUAGACUACACCCGAAUCGGUUUGACACAUUUGUACAGCACGACACAAGUGUCCGUUCGACCUCUACAACAUACACAAUACGAACGUUUCAUACCUAGCGCAUAUCCCUACUAUGUCAGCGCUUUCUCGAUGAUGGGAGGUGUAUUUUUAUUCUCUUUGCUAUUCCUGCAUUACAAAGAGGAUACAAAGCCGAAGUCUGAAUGAGUACAUAAGUCUGCUGUACACAGCCAAAAGAGCAAAGUGUUUAUUGAGACAUUAAAGAAGUGGCGAUCGUCGCACUACGUAAGCACUGUGCAUCGUUCACGUUAACUUAAUUCUUGAACGGUCGACUAAACAUUCACCUCGGAACUGGUUUCUCUAUCAAUACUAUAUUUUGUUACAUUGUUAGUAGAUUUUUUAAAUGAUUUUAAUACAGAAUAAAUGAAGUUUCCUAAAUGAUUUCCGCACGAUUUAUACGGACGUUUAUAGAGGUCGGGUCAAAUGUGACCCGGCGAGCGAAGCUUAAUCUAACAGUGUGAAAAGGAGUAAUGCAACGUGAAAGCAAUGUUUACACAUUUAAAAGACCUGUACAGAAAAUUCGGUAACUUUGAAUAAAUAUAAUACCGAAAUUA